AUGCGAGAUACCAAACAUUCAGAACGUGUAAGUAUGCAUUAUCUGAACCCAAAAGGCUCUGGGUGUUGCGCAUUUCCCUCCUCUUCUGUCUCCCUCUCUUCCUCUCUCCCUCUCUCCCUCUCUCCCCUCCUCUCCCCCACCAGCACAGAUGCAUUGGCGCCUCAUCUCGCCUCCUCCCCCUCUCUCACCACCAUCUCCCUCCACCGCUGCUUCAGCCACACACGGCCUCGCUUGCUUCCAGCGAACCUUGAUCAUUGCUUAUCUUUUUCCCUCUUUCUCUCUUCCCCUCGUCCCCUCUCGUCCCCUGUCUCCCUCUCUCCCUCUCUCCCCUCCUCUUCCCCACCAGCACAGACGCAUUGGCGCCUCAUCUCGCCGCCUCCCCCGCCCUCACCACCAUCUCCCGGCACUGCUGCUUCAGCCUCACACCCCACACCUCCCGUCCUCUUCCCCUCUCUCCCUCCCCUACCCCCCCACCCCACCAGCACAGACGCAUUGGCGCCUCAUCUCGCCGCCUCCCCAGCCCUCACCACCAUCUCUCUCCACCGCUGCUUCGGCCUCUCCCCCCACACCGUCUCGCUCCUUCUAGAAGCUUCCAGGAAACCGGGCUCGGUGCUGACUGCCCUGGUCUUCAGCCACGUGGACAGGCUCUCUGUGCGCCACGUGGCACCCCCAGAUACCGCUAUCCCCAGUGCCGCCCAGAGCGACCCUCCAAAAGAGGAUGAGGAUGGGCGCAUGUCAUUUCUUGGACUGACUCAGAAGAGAGAGGAGGAGGGUGAGUGGUGGGAAAUGACAUGCAAAGGAGGGGGUGGGGAAUGGGGGUUGGGUAGCUGCGCUCUCACGAGAGUUUCACCCGCCCUCCCCCUGCGCCCCCUCCCCCUUGUGCAUGUGCUAACCCGCUUCCCCUCGUUCACUGCACACCCUCCCUCCCGGCCCCCCUCAACAUCUCCCCAACCCCACCUCACCAGCCUCCUUCCCAGCAGCACUCUCUCGAGCGCUCCAACGCCCUUCUUCCCUGCGUUCCCUCUCUCUGCACUCCUGCCAAGCGCUCUCAGCCAGAGCGCUGCAGCUCAUUCGUUGCCCGCCAGAGUGCUGCAACUCCUGGCCUUCAGCGGAUCCUGCUUCCCCAUCUUCCCUCACGCCUCCCCUUUCCCCUCGUUCUCCCUUCUCUUCUCCCCCACUUGCAGGCCCUCUGUUUUGAGACGUCUCAAAACACUCCUUCUUUCACGUGCCCUCUGUUGCCCCCAUAACGGGCUGCUCUGCCUCAGCGGAUCCUGCUUCCCCAUCCUCUCUCUCACGCGCUCCCUGCCUGCCUUCCUACACUCUUGCUACUCGCCCAACCUGUUACCAUCCUUUCAGGCCCUCUGUUGCCCCCAUUUCGAGCUGCUCUGUCUUACCCCAUUCACGACCAUCCUGUGUUUCCCAUCCUCCCUGAUUCCUUCCCUCUGCCACUCGCUCUCCCAUCCCAUCGCUCUCCCUUCGCUCUUUCCUCCAACGCCCCUCACAACUCCCCCAGUUGCUGGCCCUCAUUGCCCCCAUCUCGAGCUGCUGUUCUCGCUCGCCCAUCCUCCCUCACGCCCUCUUCCUGCGUCCCUCUGUGUGACUCUUUUUUCCCCGUCCUUCCUCCCCCAUCUCCUCUUCGCCCCGUCCCACCCCUCACUACUCCCCACGUCAAUGCAGGCCCUUAAUUGCUCCCAUCUCGAGCUGCUGUGUCUCGGCGGCUCCUGCUUUCCCAUUCUUCCUGACGCUCUUCCCCUGCCCUCCCUCUCGCGCCUCCUCCUCUCACUCCCUCCCCGCCUCGUCCCAUCCUCCCUGCUCUCCCGCCUGGCGUCUGCCUGCCCACUGCCAAGCGCAGCAGACGCAGCAGCAGCAGGGGUGGGGGGGGUGCAGUGGGGAGAGGGGGAGGCACGGAGGCAGGUGCAACUGGGGGGUUUGCAAUGGGGGGUGAUGCAAGCAGGGGGGGUGCAAUGGGGGGCGGUGCAACCAGGGGGGGUGCAGUGGGGAGAGGGGGAGGCACGGAGACAGGUGCAACUGGGGGAGAUGCGGGCAGGGUUGGGGGAGUUGCGGCUUGGUGUAUGGGGGGGAAGGGAGGCGCAGAGACAGGUGCAACUGGGGGAGAUGCGGGCAGGGUUGGGGGAGUUGCGGCUUGGUGCAUGGGGGGGAAGGGAGGCGCAGAGACAGCCGCGGGGACAGGUGCAGAGACAAGUGCGGCCGGGGGAGGCACUAGGUGGCGUGGCAGUGCUGCUGGAGAGGCUUCAACUGGUGGAGGUGUCUUUCUGGGAGAAGGGAGAGGUGGACGAUAUGAGGGAUGUUAUUAGUUCCCUCCCCCACCCGCCUCUCCUCCUAGACCUUUCCACUGAUCGAGGGGCACUCAUUGCCGCCCAUAUCUCUCGUCAUGCCGCCCGGAUUCACGCCCGUGCUGCCCAGGGCGUCUCUCAUGCUGCCGCCCAUACCCGCUGGCACCUUCCGUCCUUUGCGGGCGCUUCCGGGCAAGUGGUAGCAGUGCAAGCGACAGCAGCAGAGGCAGCAGCGCAAGAGAGGGUAGCAGAGGCAGCAGCGCAAGAGAGGGUAGCAGAGGCAGCAGCACCAGAGGUGAUAGCAGGGCAAGUGGCAAUAGCAGGAGCAGCAGCGGCAGAGGAAAACGUUGCGCAGGUGAGAGUAGCAGAAGAAGAAGCAGCCGAGACGAUAGAGGCAGCAGCACCAGGAACAUCAGCUGUUGCCGAUAGGGCAACAUCUCCUCCUCCUGCUGUUGCAGGGGCGAAUUCUCCUUCUCCUGCUGUGGCUGCAGCAGCUGGUGCAGCCCGUCACUUGUGCCGGCAGUGUGUGAGGGCCACUCGCCCUGUCAGACCAGCUUCCGCCCCUAUUCCCACUUCAGACGAGUGCUGCUGUGAGCUGGACUGGCUGGGGAAAGUGCUACUUCAAGCAGGUGCGGACAUGGCAGUGGGCAACCGGGGCGAGGAGACACCUCUUUACAUCGCCUCACUCAAAUGCCACCUCUGGGUGGUGCGGCAGCUGCUCACACACACACAUACCCUUACACCCCUGCGCCACUCGGUCUCUCCUUCACUCCCCCACUCACAGGUGCUGCUACAAGCAGGUGCGGACAUGGCAGUGGGCAACAGGGGCGAGGAGACACCUCUUUACAUCGCCUCACUCAAAUGCCACCUCUGGGUGGUGCGGCAGCUGCUCACACACACACAUACCCUUACGCCCCUGCGCCACUCGGUCUCUCCUUCACUCCCCCACUCACAGGUGCUGCUACAAGCAGGUGCGGACAUGGCAGUGGGCAACCGGGGCGAGGAGACACCACUCUACAUCGCCUCACUCAAAGGCCACCUGUGGGUGGUGCGGCGGCUGCUGGGGCACUGCAGGAGGCGAGGGCUGGACUGGCAGGGGGAUGCAAGCCUGCACAGGGGAGCGGCUGCUGGGGCACUGCAGGAGGCGAGGGCUGGACUGGCAGGCAGGCAGAUGCGAGCAUUCACAGGGGAGGGCCACCUGUGGGUGGUGCGGCGGCUGCUGGGGCACUGCAGGAGGAGAGGGCUGGACUGGCAGGGGGAUGUGAGUCUCCACAGGGGAGGCUCUGGCUGGACGCCCCUCAUGGCAGCAGCACUGUCGAACCACACCCACGUGCUGCACUCAUCUUACUCCUUCCCUUCUGCUCCUCCUAUGGCAAUUCCUUUCCACUCUCCCUAUGCAGGCUCUGGGUGGACACCCCUCAUGGCAGCAGCGCUGUCUAAUCACACCCACGUGCUGCACACUCUGCUGACCCACCAUGUACACACCCACCAAUCUCAAGACGACACAUCAUCACCAGCCUUAAUCAACAAGCAGAAUACCUAUGGCCUAACAGCACUGCACAUCGCAGCAAGGUACGGGUCCUUGGAUUGCAUUCAAUCUCUGCUGGCUGCAGGCGCGUUCACUGCCGUGCCGGACCUGUAUGGCGAGCGGCCGUCGGGCCUGGCGAGGAGGUUCGGGCAUUCCGAGGCUGUUCAGCUGCUGCUGGCGGUGGAAGGGGUGGAGAUUGGAUUGGGUGGGGAAGAAGAUGGGGAUAAUGGGAGCAAGGGGGGCGAUGAGGGAAAGGAUGGCAAGGGUGGCAAGGGGAAGAGGGCAAGGAGGAAGGGGAGGAAGGCCAAGGGCAUCGAGGAGAAUUGA